AUGAAUCGCUCCGACGGAUUGGUUCGACGCUCCGUGAAACCCCGGGAAAAUGGUGGGGCGGAGGGCGGUCUAAAUGCAAAUACACCGGAUGACAAUCAGGAUGCAAUGGAUGGACUCAAGGACCAAGAGGACAACAUCGACGAUGGCGAUUCGAAGGAAACCAGGCUCACGCUCAUGGAGGAGGUUCUGCUGCUGGGACUCAAGGACAAGGAGGGCUACACAUCUUUCUGGAACGACUGCAUAUCAAGCGGUUUGCGCGGAUGCAUUUUAAUAGAACUUGGAUUGCGGGGACGCGUGAUGAUCGAGAAGUCUGGAAUGAGGCGACGUGGCCUAUGCACAAGAAAAUUAAUUCUGAAAUCGGAUCAGCAGACGGGCGAUGUUUUACUCGAUGAGGCACUUAAACACAUUAAAGAAACAGAUCCCCCAGAGACGGUGCAGAGCUGGAUUGAAUAUCUCAGUGGUGAAACUUGGAAUCCGUUGAAAUUGCGCUACCAGCUGAAAAAUGUUCGGGAACGUCUGGCCAAGAACCUGGUGGAGAAGGGUGUGCUCACAACGGAAAAGCAAAAUUUUCUACUUUUUGAUAUGACGACACAUCCGCUGAACGAUAAUGUUGUAAAAUGUCGCCUGGUUAAGAAAAUUCAAGAUUCUGUGCUCUCUAAGUGGGUGAACGAUCCGCAGCGCAUGGACAAGCGGAUGCUGGCGCUAAUCUUCCUGGCGCACGCCAGUGAUGUGAUUGAGAACGCCUUCGCGCCGCUGAAUGAUGAUGACUACGAGGUGGCCAUGAAGCGGGUGCGGGAGCUGUUGGAUCUCGACUUCGAAACGGAGGCGGCCAAGCCGAAUGCUAACGAGAUCCUGUGGGCGGUGUUCAUGGCGUUUACGAAAUAGACGAUCCUCUAAUCCUCUCCGCUCCUCUUAAUAGCACACACACACACUCCGAAACACACCCAAACCCAUAUCUGGAAUACAUUUUGCUGCUUUUGUUUUAGAAACUUUGCUGUAAGUGGAACCGAUUCGGGCUGUAGGAUUUUCUCAAAUGGCAACCACCCCAAAAAUCAGUUUCAAUAGAAUACUUUUUAAGCGAGUUGAUGAA